GAGUCUGUUUUCGUCUGCCUGGCAGCGCGGUUCUGGAACGCGUAACGAUCGCAUAGUAUCGCAUUGCCUCGUCUCGACUUCAAAAGUCAGUUUUCAAACACGGGACUCAGUUCGCUGGAUAUACAUACAAUCCGAUUCGGUUCGGAUCGCGGUGCGCUCCCUGUUUUUCCACCUGUUGCAACUAAUUUGGCAUCGCUUGUGCAACAGCGCGUGCUGCCGUUAAAAGCGCGUUUGGAAAGAGAAUUUAUACAUUUCGAAAGUGGCAACUGCAGAAAAUACAAAAUAGAAAACCAAAAGAGAUUGAGAGAUAUAUCCCUGUGUGCCAGCGAGAGGAAGAUUCGUGUGGCAGAUUAACGAGCCCUCUAAUUAGACAGCAAUUUGUGGAAAUCCACACUCCACACUCCGCAAUCGAAAAGCGAAUUCGAAAAUCGAAAUCCGUGGGCGUGGGAUCUGUGUGUUGUAUUGUGCAGCCAGCAAAUCGGCAAUUAGAAAUCAUUUACCUCGGUCGAGAUGGAUGAUCCCAAAAUAAUGAACAUCAUGAACGGCAUGAAGUCGCUGGAAGAUCAUUGUCAGCUCAUAAACGAUGUGAAGGACGAGUCGCCCAUGCAAAUGUUCUACAAGGACAAGGGCGUCUUCCUCACUGGCGGCACAGGAUUCUUUGGCAAAAUUAUCAUUGAGAAAUUGCUGCGCGUCACGGAGGUGGGACAAAUCUAUUUGCUGAUACGCACCAAGAAGGGCAAGGAUGCCUUCGCCAGGAUCGAGGAUCUGUUUAAUGAUCCGGUAUUUGCCAAGAUGAAGCAGGUGAAUCCCAAGUACCGCUGCCAGAUCACCAUCAUCAGUGGCGACUGCUCGCUGCCUGGACUGGGAAUCAGUGCCGACGAGCGGGAGACCAUCAUGGAGAAUGUGAACAUUGUCCUGCACAGUGCGGCCACCGUGCGAUUCGAUGAGAAACUCAAAAUGGCCAUUGCCAUCAAUGUGCACGGCACCAAGGAAAUCAUUAAGCUGGCCAAAGAGAUUGUUAACUUGAAGGCCCUCGUGCACGUCUCUACAGCAUUUGCACACUGCAACAUGCGGCACAUCCAGGAGAGAUUCUACAGUGGCACCAUGUCCGGCGAGAACGCCUUCAAGCUGAGCGAGUGCCUCGAUGAGCACACCCUGAACACCCUCACGCCGACCAUCAUCAAGGGGUAUCCGAACACAUACACCUUCACCAAAGUCCUGGCCGAGAAUGUCGUGCAACAAAGCGCUCAGAAUUUGCCAGUUACCAUCUUCAGGCCCGGCAUUGUGAUCACCACGUACCGCGAACCGAUCACUGGCUGGAUCGACAACAUGUACGGUCCGUGCGGAGUGAUCGUGGGAAUUGGAUCCGGAGUGCUGCGCGUUUUCACGGGUGACAUGGACAACAAGGCGCACAUUGUUCCGGUGGACAUGUGUGUCAAUGCUCUGUUGGCCAGUGCGUGGGAUAUAGCGCGAAAUAAAUACGAGACUCCGCCGAUUUACAACUACGUGCCGGAUGCAGAGAACAUGGUCACCUGGCGGCGCUACAUGGAGGAUGGCUUCGAGUACGGCUGUGACAUCCCGAUGCGGAAGUCCAUCUGGUAUCCGCGCUUCACCAUCGUGCCGCACAUGUGGCAGUACCACAUCCUGUGCUUCCUCUACCACACAUUGCCCGCCCUGGUCAUGGACGCCAUCAUGGUGAUAAUUGGCAAGAAGCCCAGAAUGAUGAAGAUCUAUCGCAAAAUCCACAAGCUCAGCAAUGUCCUCAAGUACUUCAGUUCAAACGAAUUUCGAUUCGACAACGAUAAUGUCAGAAAACUCACGGAAAAGCUAGAUGACCGGGAUAAGCGGCUAUUCGCCUUCGAUAUGCGCGAUCUGGACUGGACCAAUCUGUUCCGCGUCAGUCUCUACGGACUGCGUCUGUAUGUGGUCAAGGAUGACCCCAGCAACAUCCCGGAGUCCAUCAAGCGCUACGAGAGAUUGAAGGUCCUGCACUACACGACACUGGCUGUUUUCUACGCGUUAGCUGGCUGGGCGCUUUUUGCCCUGUUUAAGCUCUUCUUAUAGGAUCCUUUAACUAUAUAUCUUUCGUAUCCAUUGUAGGGCAUAUCUUCUACUCCCCAAUCUUUCGGUCAGACUCUAACACUUUCGUUUCCAGUAGUUGUUAGUUAUAGUUGUAUGUAUCGUAUAUAUCGUUUGUAUGUUUGUACCAUAUCCAUAUGCCUAUAGUCAUAUGUUUGAAACGCUUUAUCCGAAUCUUGUAUAGCUUAGUUCGUACGUCUCUAAAUGUAAAUUUGCAAAAGUUGAUGGCGUAAUGUGGAUGUAGAUGAUCAAUUACAAGUACAAUAAAAACUGCUUCACAUUUUGUUUGGGAAA